UAUCAGCCUCCAAUUAAACCCUAGAAGAACAUAUAAUAUAUAAGAUGAUGACUAAGGGCUUGAUGCUCCAACAACACCCAGCUGUGGAAGAGAAUAUGUCUAAUUUGACAUCUGCUUCUGGAGAAGCAAGUGUUUCUUCUGGCAAUAGAACUGAAACAGGUUCCAUGUACCCACAUCAGUCUUUUCCUUCAGCAAAUCAAACUCCAGUGGUGAAGAAGAAGAGAAAUCUUCCAGGCAAGCCAGACCCAGAUGCAGAAGUGAUAGCUUUAUCUCCUAAAACUCUCAUGGCCACAAAUCGAUUUGUCUGUGAGAUUUGUAAUAAAGGAUUCCAGAGAGAUCAGAACCUUCAGCUUCAUAGAAGAGGACAUAAUCUUCCAUGGAAGCUAAAACAAAGAACAAGCAAAGAGAUAAGGAAGAGGGUUUAUGUAUGCCCAGAAACUACAUGUGUUCAUCAUGACCCUUCAAGAGCUCUUGGAGACCUCACUGGGAUCAAGAAGCACUUUUGCAGAAAGCAUGGAGAGAAGAAGUGGAAAUGUGACAAGUGUUCUAAGCGUUAUGCAGUUCAAUCAGAUUGGAAAGCUCACUCCAAGACUUGUGGCACAAGAGAGUAUAGAUGUGAUUGUGGAACCCUUUUCUCAAGGAGAGAUAGUUUCAUAACUCACAGAGCCUUCUGUGAUGCUUUGGCAGAAGAGAGUGCAAGAACAAUCUCAGUAAACCCACUUCUCUCAUCCUCUCAAACAAUUGGUACUUCAACGUCACACAUAAAUCUGCAAACUCAAUUCAAUACUCAUCAUGAUCUUCAAGCAUUCUCCAUGAAAAGAGAAGAACAACAUCAGCCACAUUUCAAUCUUAGAUCAGAUAUACCUCCAUGGUUAUCUGGUCCACUACCACCUAUUGAAAACCCUAACCCUAACCCUACCCUUAGGCCUUCUCUCUCCCAUUACCAUCCAACACCCUCUCCAUGCAUGUCAGCCACAGCAUUACUACAGAAAGCAGCUCAAAUGGGUUCAACUAUGAGUAAACCUUCAUCAUCUUCUUCUGUGACUCUUAUACCCCACCAAGCUCACAUGUCUACUAAUACUGGUUUCGACCUGGGUUUGUCUUCACGUGAAGAUAUGGAAAGUGGGUUUGUUUAUGGAUUGGGUCCUUUUGGGGACAAAGCUGGUGGUGUUGCAGGAGGAGCAGAAGCUGAUCCUUCUCUACUUCAAGAUAUGAUGCGUUCUCUCUCUUCUGCAAGUGGGUUAGAUGGUUCUUCUUUUGGAGAUGGGUUUGGUGGGAUGUUGGCUUCAAAGAGAGAUGAACAUGAAACUCUCUCAAACUCAAAGACAAGAACAUCAUCUAGUAGACCUGAUGAAGGUGGUGGUGGUGGUAGUGGUAGUGGUGGAGCUGAUCAUGGAUUGACUAGAGAUUUCUUGGGUCUUAGAACCAUCUCUCAUAGAGACAUUUUCAAUAUAGCUGGAUUUGAUCAAUGCAUGAGUUCUUCUGCACAUGAUCAACAAACUCAGAAUCGUAGACAGUGGCAGGGUUAGCUUCCUCUAAAUGUUACUUGUUUUGUUUUUUUUUUUUUCUUCUUUUUAUAUGUUUUUUUAUUUUGUCCUAUUCGUUUUCCCUCCCCCUCCCUAUUAUUCAUCACCCUUGUGUUUAAUCUUUACUCCUCGACAUUUAUUCUCUCUUUUUGGUCUUCCCCGAGGGGGAACCUUAUAUAUAAACCUAAUAUUUAUUCUCUCUCUCUCUCUCUCUCUCUCUCUCUCUCUCUCUCUCUCUCUCUCUCUAGUUUAUCUCUGUAAUUCAUUAAUGGCUAUAUAUAUAAUAAGAAAACUUGCAAGGGAAACCCUAGCAUUCUCCA